AGUCGUAGCACGAACAGAGUCGUUUGGGUGCCCAGGUCCACUUUCUUACUGUAGCAGGAUAUCCUUACACGCAGAAAUUCUUGGCAUUUUUCAGUUUUUUCUUUAUUUUUUUUUCUCUUCUUCCGACUCUCCCCCCCCACCCCUUGCUUUUUGCUCGUCGCCUUUUCACUGGUAUCGCGCUGCUUGCAGUUUUUAACCCCACAAACGUGUAGAUGAGGACUACAGUUGCACACCCUCGUUCCCGUAAAUAUCGGAUAGAUUGCAUACACGAGAGACGUAUAUGACUCUUUCUGAAGCCGAAUACAUUUAAUUCUUCCUGGAUUAAUUUUUUUCCCUUUGCACACAACCUGAAGGUUAUUUUGGGAUAUGCACAAAAGGGACGCAACUUAAAUAUUUUUUCCGACGUUGCUGUGCACGGACUUGCCGUUUUCGGGACACGGGACUGACUCCUAGGGGGGGGAUAAAAAGUUCACGAACAAAGAUAAGCUGUUACAUGAAGCCUUUAAGCUGCCUCCCGUAAUGGUCUUUGCUCUGAAUUUAGCGGAUCGACUGUCUUUUAUCGCUCUUUUUUAUCAUGCGGUAACUGAGAGCCGCAGACUCGCCGCUUCUCCUUCUCACAUCGGAAGCUGCCUGUAGGACACGGAUCCCGGAUCCCGGAUCGCUGAUCUCCGCGUCCCGUUUCGCUUUACCGGGACUGGGGAGGGGGCUUUGAGGACACCGCGAGGUUGAAGGGAGCUGCGGGGCCAGUAUGACUUGUUCUCGCAGCCCCGCCGGAUCCCUGUUCUCUGCCUACAUAGUGUCUUGAUGCUGUACAAAUCUGCUUUACAAAUAUGAUGAAAUGGCAGCCCAGGAAGAAGGCAUACUUCCGACAGGGUGUCGCCCUUCAGUACCUGGGUCGUCAUGCCGACGCCCUGGCUGCCUUCGCCUCCGGCCUGGCCCAGGACCCCAAGAGCCUGCAGCUGCUGGUGGGCAUGGUGGAGGCCGCCAUGAAGUCUCCGCUGCGAGAGUCCUUGGAGCCCACCUACCAGCAGCUACAGAAGAUGAAGUUAGACAAGAGCCCCUUCGUGGUGGUUUCGGUCAUCGGCCAGGAGCUGCUGUCGGCCAGCCACCAGGGGGCGUCGGUGGUGGUGCUGGAGGCCGCGCUGAAGAUCGGCACCUGCAGCCUCAAGCUGCGCGGCUCCGUCUUCUCCGCGCUCAGCUCCGCCUACUGGUCGCUCGGCAACACCGAGAAGAGCAUGAGCUACAUGCAGCACGACCUGGAGGUGGCCAAGACCUUAGGUGACCAGACGGGUGAAUGCCGGGCACAUGGAAACCUGGGCUCAGCGUUCUUUUCCAAGGGAAAUUACCGUGAGGCCCUGACCAACCACCGACACCAGUUAGUGCUGGCCAUGAAGCUGAAGGAGCGAGAGGCGGCAUCCUCGGCCCUCUGCAGCCUGGGCCACGUGUACACGGCCAUCGGCGACUACCCCAACGCCCUGGCCAGCCACAAGCAGUGCGUCCUGUUAGCCAAGCAGUCCAAGGACCAGCUGUCUGAGGCCCGGGAGCUGGGCAAUAUGGGUGCCGUCUACAUCGCCAUGGGCGACUUUGACAACGCCGUGCAGUGCCACGAGCAGCACCUGGGCAUCGCCAAGGCCCUGGGGGACCGACGAGAGGAGGCACGGGCCUACAGCAACCUGGGCAGCGCGCACCACUACCGGCGUAACUUCGACAAGGCCGUGUCGUACCACACGCGCGUGCAGGAGCUGGCACUGGAGCUGGGCGAUCAGCCCAUCGAGAUGCGAGCCUACGCCGGACUGGGCCAUGCCGCCCGCUGCAUGCAAGACCUGGACCGUGCCCGGCAGUACCACAAGCAGCAGCUGACCAUUGCUGAGGGUCUCAAGGACCGGGCGGCUGAGGGCAGGGCCUCCUCCAAUCUGGGUAUUAUCUACCAGAUGAAGGGGGACUAUGACGCUGCACUGAAGCUCCACAAAGCCCACCUGGCCAUUGCCCAGGAGCUGAACGACUAUGCAGCGCAGGGCCGGGCUUACGGCAACAUGGGCAAUGCUUAUAAUGCGCUGGGUGCCUUCGACCAAGCCGUGCGCUACCACAGGCAGGAGCUGCAGAUCUCCAUGGAGGUCAACGACCGCGCCUCGCAAGCCUCCACUCACGGGAACUUGGCUGUGGCCUACCAGUCCCUGGGUGCGCACGACCGUGCCCUGCAGCACUACCAGAACCACCUGAACAUCGCCCGCGAGCUGCGGGAUGUUCAGAGCGAGGCCCGGGCCCUGGGAAACUUGGGAAACUUCCACUGUUCCCGUGGCGAGUUCCCACAGGCCAUACCCUACUACGAGCAGUAUCUGCACCUCUCUGCAGAUCUCCAGGACAUGGAGAAUGAGGGGAAGGUGUGCCACAAUCUGGGCUAUGCCCACUACUGCCUGGGAAACUUCCAGGAGGCCGUGAAGUACUACGAGCAAGAUUUGGCUCUGGCUAAGGACCUACAUGACAAGCUGAGCCAGGCCAAGGCCUACUGUAACCUGGGGCUGGCCUUCAAGGCGCUGGGUGACUUCGGCAAGGCGGAGGAGUGCCAAAAAUACUUGCUAUCCCUGGCACAGUCACUGGACAACUCGCAGGCACGCUUCCGGGCCCUCGGCAACUUGGGCGACAUCUUUGUAUGCAAGAAAGAUGUGCCUGGUGCCAUUCGCUUCUAUGAGCAGCAGCUGGCUCUGGCUCACCAAGUCGGAGAGCGAAAGAUGGAGGCCAGUGCCUAUGGGGCCCUGGGUGCCAGCCACCGGCUGCUGCCCAAGCACGACAAGGCUCUGGGAUACCACACUCAGGAGCUGGAGGUCUAUCAGGAGCUUGGGGACAUCCAGGGUGAGUGCCAGGCUCACGGGCACCUCGCAGCUGUCUAUAUGUCCUUGGGAAAGUACACAAUGGCCUUCAAGUGCUACGAGGAGCAGCUAGAGUUGGCUCAGAAGCUGAGGGAUCCCAGCGUAGAGGCACGGGUCUACGGCAACAUGGGCAUCACCAAGAUGAACAUGAGCGCUGUGGAGGACGCUAUCGGCUUCUUUGAGCAGCAGCUGGCCCUGCUGCAGCAGCUGAGCGGCAACGAGGCCCUGCUGGACCGUGGCCGCGGCUACGGAAACCUGGGAGACUGCUACGAGGCACUGGGUGACUACGAGGAGGCCAUCAAGUACUAUGACCAAUACCUGUCUGUAGCUCAGAGCCUGAAUCGCAUGCAAGAUCAGGAGAAGGCCUACCGCGGCCUAGGGAAUGGACACAGAGCCAUGGGCAACCUGCAGCAGGCGCUGGUGUGCUUUGAAAAGUGGCUGGUGGUGGCCCACGAGCUUGGCGAGUGUGCGGGCAAGGCUCAGGCCUACGGGGAGCUGGGCAGCCUGCACACCCAGCUGGGCAACUACGAGCAAGCGCUAUCGUGCCUGGAGCGGCAGCUGGGCAUCGCCUGCGAGACGGGCGACCGGGUGCUGGAGGGCGAGGCCAGCAGCGCGUUGGGCGCCACGCACCAGCUGACGGGCGAGUACGAGGCCGCACUGCGGCACCACCGGCGUGACCUGGACAUCGCCGAGGAAACGGGCAACGCCGCCAGCCAGGGUCGCGCCUAUGGCAACCUGGGCCUCACCUACGAGUCGCUGGGCGACUACGAGCAGGCCGUGGCAUACCAGGAGCAGCACCUGAGUAUCGCCGCAGAGACAAACGACCUUGCAGCAAAGACACUGGCCUACAGCAGCCUGGGCCGUACCCAUCAUGCUUUGCAGAACUACUCACAGGCCGUCAUGUACCUGCAGGAAGGUCUGCGCCUGGCUGAGCAGCUCGGCCGGAGGGAGGACGAAGCGAAGGUCCGGCACAGGUUGGGCCUCUCACUCUGGGCCAGCGGCAACCUUGAGGAGGCCCAGCACCAGCUGUACCGGGCGUCGGCCCUCUUUGAGACCAUUCGCCACGAAGCUCAGCACAGCACAGACUACAAGCUCUCCCUGUUCGACCUGCAGACCUCAUCGUACCAGGCUCUCCAGAGGGUCCUCGUUAGCCUUGGGCACCACGAUGAGGCGCUGGCAGUGGCGGAGCGAGGUCGAACCCGAGCCUUCGCCGAUCUGCUGGUGGAGCGGCAGACGGGCCAGCAGGACUCUGAUCCCUACUGCCCGGUGACGGUGGAGCACAUCCUGGACACGGUGAACGGCCAGAGGUCCCUGGUGCUGUACUUCUCGCUGGCCGCUGGGUACCUGUACAGCUGGCUGCUGGCACCGGGAGCAGGUAUCCUCAAGUUCCACGAGGUGUACCUGGGCGAGAGCGUGUUGGAGGGCGGAGACUCUGAAUUCCAGGAGGGCGGAGCCGGGAGCCCGCAGAGGGGCAGCGGUGGUGGGGCAUCGGGGAGCGGCUCCUCGCUGGAACACUACAUCUCCAGCGCCCGAGAAGCCCUAGGUGUGGACUCCUACUACAGCCGGGCUGGAUCCAGCAGUGAGACGGAGAGCGAGGCGGGGGAUCUUCUGGACCAGCAGUUUGAGGAGCUCCACAACAAGCUGAACUCCAUGACGGACCCCACAGGCUUCCUGCGAAUGGUGUCCAGGAACAACCUCUUCAACAGGAGCUGCCAGAGCAUGACGAGCCUGUUCAGCAGCGCAGUGUCGCCACCCCGCCGCGGGCAGAGCAAGCCACCUCUGCGCGCCCUCUACGACCUGCUCAUCGCACCCAUGGAGGGGGGCCUGAUGCACUCCAGUGGUCCGGUGGGUCGCCACAGACAGCUGGUUCUGAUCCUGGAGGGUGAGCUGUACCUCGUCCCCUUCGCCCUGCUGAAGGGCAGUUCCUCGAACGAGUACCUCUACGAGCGCUUCAGCCUCAUUGCCGUGCCUUCCGUGGGCAGCCUGACCUCCAAGCCUCAUUCCAGGAGGGCGGGGCUAACCCUCUGCAGGGGCGUGUCCACAGCAGCGGUGGUGGCCAAUCCGCAGCUGCCGCCCUCGGUGAUGGACCGCUGGCUGUGGGGGCCCAUGCCCUCGGCGGAGGAGGAAGGGCACAUGGUUGCAGAGCUGCUGGGCUGUCAGCCAAUGAGUGGCCUGUCUGCCACCAAAGAGCAAGUGAUGGCCGCCCUGGGCCAGGCCGAGUGCAUCCACUUCGCUACACACAUCUCCUGGAAGCUGGCCGCCCUGGUGCUCACCCCCAGUCAGGAGGGGGCGGGGCUGGGGGGUGGCAGCGGCCCCGGCACCGGCACUGGCAAGGCUUACACCAUUCCUGAGAGCCUGCGGGUCCCGGAUGAUGCCAGUGACGUUGAGAGCAUCUGCGACAGCCCGCCUCUGCAGGAGCUCCUGCUCACCGCCGCCGACAUCCUGGACCUCCGUCUGCCCGUCAAACUGGUGGUGCUCGGCUCCUACCAGGAGUCGGACAGCAAGGUGACGGCAGACGGCAUGGUGGGCCUGACGCGGGCCUUCCUGGCAGCCGGAGUACAGUGCGUGUUGGUGUCACUGUGGCCUGCACCCGCAGCCGCGUCCAAGAUCCUGGUGCACAGCUUCUACUCGGCUCUGCUCAAUGGCACCAAGGCCAGCACCGCACUGGCGGACGCCAUGAAGGCUGUGCAGAGCAACUCGCAGUUCUCACACCCCUCCAACUGGGCCGGCUUCAUGCUGAUUGGCAGCGAUGUAAAGCUGAAUAGCCCCUCGUCUCUGAUUGGACAGGCGCUGGCAGAGAUCCUGCAGUAUCCGGACAGGGCUCGGGAUGCUUUGAGGGUCUUACUGCACCUGGUGGAGAAGUCACUGCAGCGGAUUCAGAGUGGCCAGCGUAACUCCAUGUACACGUCCCAGCAGAGCGUGGAGAACAAAGUGGGCGGAGUACCCGGCUGGCAGGCCCUGCUGAUGGCCGUCGGCUUCCGGCUGGAAUCAGCUGGCACAGGGCUCCCCGCUGCCGUCUUCUUCCCCACUGCCGAUCCCGGGGACCGGCUACAGCAGUGCAGUACCACAUUGCAGUCGCUAUUGGGUCUGCCACCCCCUGCCCUGCAGGCCCUAUGCAAGCUCAUCGCAGCCUCUGAGACUGGAGAACAGCUCAUCAACAGGGCUGUUAAAAAUGUGGUGGGCAUGCUCCACCAGGUCCUAGUUCAGCUGCAGACUGGGGAGAAGGAGCAGGACUUCUGCUCAACACCCAUCCAGGUGUCCAUCAGCGUCCAGCUCUGGAGGCUGCCCGGCUGCCAUGAGUUCCUGGCUGCACUGGGGUUUGACCUGUGUGAGGUGGGCCAGGAGGAGGUGAUCCUGAAGACGGGAAAGCAGGCUAACCGGAGGACCAUGCACUUCGCCCUGCAGUCCUUGCUGGCUCUCUUUGACUCCACCGAGGUCCCCAAACGCCUCAGUCUGGACAGCUCCUCCUCACUGGAGUCUCUGGCCUCGGCCCAGUCCAUCUCGAAUCCGCUGCCGUUGGGCUACAUGAACCUGCCCUUCUCCCCGCCCUGCCUGGACAGCCUCGCCUCUGAUGCCAUCUCAGUCUACAGCCUGAGCUCGGUGACCUCUUCCAUGAGCUUUGCGUCCAAGUCGGAGAGCGCCAGCGACUUCCUGAACCAACGGGCACGGAUGGCGGAGCAGGAGCGCUACCGGGGCCGGGCGGGCCUCCUGGGCUCGCUCCACCGCACUCCCCUUCCACGGAGCCGCUCCUCCCCACACGGCGGCGGCGGCCGGGAGGAGGAUGAAGAGUAUGAAGGCUACUCCAUCAUCAGUAGUGAGCCGCUAGGUGCCACCGGGCACUGUGACACGCUGCCCCUGCCCGCUGGGCACCGGCGACCACGUGGCCGGGCCGGCUGCCGGGGCCUCCAGCGCCACCAGGUCGUCUCUGUCUCCUCUCGUGGUAGCGUCAGCACACCCACCUCACCAGUCAGGCCUGUCCCUGCGCCCACCCGCAUCUCGCCGUGCCAGAAAGUGGGCAAGGUCAGCUGUUCGGACACGGCGGAAUCGGACCAGUCUAGCACGGAGACCGACAGCACGGUCAAGUCGCAGGAGGAGAAGGCCAAACUGGACCCUCAGGAGCUGGCGCAAAAGAUUCUGGAAGAGACACACAGCCACCUACGGGCCGUGGAGAGCCUGCAGCGGGCUGGUGUGGCCCUCAGGCCUGCACACACACCCAGCCCCACGGGAAGCUGUGCUUUCCGUUCCUCGGAGACCAGCGCGUUCAGCCGGCUCCACGGUGGCACUGCCAUCAAGGCCGAGUCCCCCACUCUUGGCAGCCGCCCCAGGCCCCCGUCCCGUACCUCGUCCCUGCAGAAGGUGAGCUCCGGGUACAGCAGCCCUGCCACCUCUGAGAUCUCGCUCAAAGAUGGCGGCCACCCCUCCCCCACCCUGGAUGGUCACAGCCACUUCAAGCUCAAGUACCCCAGCUCUCCCUAUAGCGGCCACAUCUCCUGCUCCCCCACUAACGUCUCACCCAGUUCCGGCCACCAGUCCCCUGCUGGCAGCGCCCCCUCCCCAGCCCUUUCCUACUCCUCCACCGGUUCCACCCGAUCCAGUCCAGCUGAUGCCCCUGACCUGGACCGCCUCAAGCUAGCUGCGAUCGAUGAGAAGGUCCAGGCCAUUCACAAUCUUAAGACCUUCUGGGUCGCGGGGACCCAGCACCAGGGGCAGAACUUGGGCCCCAUCCGGGCCUUUCGCAGAGGUCCUGGUGCCAUGACUGUGCAAGGGAAUGACGUCCUCAGCCUGCUGAACCUCUCUCCACGCCACGGCAAGCCAGACAAGGUGGCCGACAGCCUUCAGCUCCAGCACCUGGGAGUGCAGGUUUUCGAUCAGGGCAGCGGGGACCUACCCAAUGGGCAUUUUAAGCAUGACCCCAAGAAUGCGCCCGCCUCCCCAAGCACCUCCAUCAGCAGCAGCCCAGGGACCUACCCCAUCAGACUGCCCUCUGGGAAUGGGUACAAAUUUCUCUCUCCAGGGAGAUUUUUUCCCUCAUCCAAGUGCUAAGAACUACUUAAGACCUACUUUUUGAUUGGUUCUUUCUGUUUUCUGCUCCUCCUUUUACAGUUGCUGAUUGGCAGCCUACACUUACAUGAGCUCUCUAAUUGACCGCUCUUUUUGAAAUGCUGAAAAACACAAUGCAGGUCGGAUCACACAGACCUGCAAAUAGUAAAAGAAGAGUUCAUUGUUCCAUUGAUUCAGACGGACAUGAGCCUGUGAUCUGUAUGCCUGCAACUACACUGUAAAGAACACUAAAUCUGACAUGACUUCAAAUACCAAAUGGUAUUUCCUCUGAAAAAAAAUGUUUGUGUUCCCAAACCAUUUUGUUGUUUUUAAUUUUGUUUUAAUAUAAUUGUUAAUGUUAUUAUUAUUGUUAUUAUAGUUGUUAUGUUUUGUAAAUUAAAUCCAGUGUUUCACAAUCAGCAUUAAACCUUUUUAUAUGAUUGAAAAAUCAAACAGAACUCUACAAUGUAAAAAAAUGAAACCGAUGGCACUUGGCCUGGCAUCUUUGUGAAUUCAGUGUCAUUAAAGCAUGGGUUAUCUUCUCUUCCAACAUCUUUUUAGCACACGUUUUUGAAAGACAGUUUUUCAAUUAAGAAAGUACAACAGACAUCUCGUAGUCAUUUAUCAGUAAGCGGUUUCAAUAAAGAUCAAGUUUUGCUGUCUUGUA